GAGCCGAUUUGAGCACUGCUAUGUACCGCCAAUUCGAGCGUUCUCGGCUAAGCGGAUUCGAAGUCCUUCCAGUCUAGUUCGGCGUUCCAAUAAGUUAAAACACGUCAAGUGGUUUGGUUCUACAUAUUGUCACUUCAAAAAAUAAACAAAAAUUUGUGUUGAUGUUGAACUACUAAUUAGUUCUAUUCAGGAAAGACCUCCGUUGUGGGAUCAGUCCAAUAAGAAGUACAUGGAUAGGGAUGUUGCAAUAAAUCUAUGGAAGGAAGUAGCUGCUGAAUGCAACACAACAGAUAUUAUAGCAAAGGAAAAAUGGAAACAUUUGAGGGGGUGUUUUCGGAAUGAAUUAAAGAAAGAAUGCACACCAAAAUCUGGGGACGCCAAAGGCUCACCAUGCAAACCCCAAUGGAAAUGGUUCAAAAACAUGGAAUUUUUGCGAGGAACCCUAUCUUCUGGAAGUAUGGAAGGAAACUUGAAAAGUGACUCCUCGUAUUUCACUCAGGAAGAGUCUCAGCGUGAAACAGAGUCUAUUGAUGGAGGGGUGAUGAGUUGCCCACAAUCGCCAACUGAUGUCUCUAUAUCUUCUGCACCUUCUAGUUCUUUAAGGUCAAGUGUAGGUAGAAAACGCAAAGUAACUGCAGCAGAAGAAGGUGAAAGGCUGCACAUUGAGAAAGAAAAACUGGACAUCAUGAAAUCAAUGGCAAAAAAAGAAGACGAGAAAGAUACAACUUAUCAUUUUCUGAUGAGCCUCAAAGACCCCAUAAACAGACUCCCUAUAAAUUCACAAAUGUUGCUGAGAUACAAAAUUAUGGAAAUUGUAAUGAAAGAAAUUUAUAAAAACCAAAAACCCAAUAAAGCCAGUCUACAACCUAUAAAUUAUACUGACUACAUAUUACCAACGUCUACACUGACCAACCCAAGGGAUGCUUCAACUUUAUUUUCUCGCUUCACCGAUGAUAGAAUAUAGAUUAAAUAUAUACUAAGUGACAUAUAAAUCCGAACACCCAGUUUAAAUGGUUUUAUUUUAAUAAAAUUUUGUAUAAGUA